GCAACAGCACAUGUAAAGUUAAAGCGAAGGCGCGAGGUCCAAAAGCCACUCCUUUCCUGAAUAUGUGGCGACGCAGUAUUUGUAGUUGAUUCUGAUAGGAAGAACCCGAUCAGAAUCGUGAUGAGAAGCAUCGCCAGUCUCUCCUCCGACCAUCGUUUUCUGUUUUGGCCUUGCCAGCUCUAUAUAGAGCCCCCCCAUGUCGCUGUCUGCCCUUAUCCCCCGCCCUUUCCAGUAGGAAUUCUUGACUACUUUGUGAUCAUCGUCUUUGCAAGACUCAUCAUAUCUAGCAUCACUCCAGCUCUCAUCAUCCCCAUAUAAUAUUCAGUCAGACUCUGCUAUUCUUCUUCAAGCACCGCAUCAUGCAAGUUGCUAUUCAUGCUUUACUAGGCCUUUCGCUUGCGCUCUUCGGACCCGCACUUGCCAGGACUCCGAUGUUUCCUUGUGCUGAAGAGGGCCUGAAAGACGCGCUGUGCGUUAGUGAUCGGAGCCUCGUUGGGACACAUACCGGAGCUUUUCCCGGCCAUCCUGGAUUCUUUUUUGGAUGUGGUCCCAGUUACACUGCUUAUUGUUGUCCCCCAGAUCAAGUCGAAUACGAUGUCAAGAGUGGAAUGCCCAUCAACUCAGACGUGCUAGCUCACCUCUGCAAAAAAGGUCAAGUAGCGAAGUAGGCCAAUGAACCAAUAAUUCAGACUGCACUUUAUUUGGUGAAGCGCAACGAGCUCGGAUUCUUGUUCUUUCACCAAACGACCGCAUCCACUCCACGUCUCGACGAGCUCCGAUCAAUCACACAUUAGAAGAUGCUCUCCUUGCUUUGUUCGAACUCAUAGUUAAUCCAGGAUCCCUCUGAUUAACUUGAUGGAUUUUCAUUUUCUUCAUACAGUUUAUCUUGUACCAUUUGUUUGAAUCUCAUGCUUCUUGCGCUACUGCAAUAUGUUGUGCUCGCAUGAAAAAUCGGAAUUCCAGACUUAAAAAAGAAUGAUGCUUGAGACAUUCGAUUCACUUCAUCACCAGCUUGUGGAAAUGGGA